AUGAGCGGGAUUGAAUUCCGGAAGCUAUGCGACCAAAACAUAAGCAGGUUCGAGGCAGCAGUUCGAGCAGCGGCAGAUGAAGGUGUGCCGCCCCUCGAAGUUACACUGGCAGAAAGAGAAGCUGUAGACUCCAGUCAACUCAACAACUUGUUCAUCGAAAGUCCCAGAAGACAACCUCCAAGAGCGCGCAAGCCUCCUGUAGUGCAGUCAGACUCAUCUUUGUCUUCUUCUGAAGAAGCAGAGUUGACGGAUGACUCAUUAUUCGAUGAGAUCACGAUGACCUCAAAGAAGACAAAGCACAAGUCAACUAGUGCAGAGGGCGCUGCUAAGCCUUCGCCAUCGGAAUCAAAUCCACAUUCUCGAACCGGACAUGUCGACCCGGUCCCCACGCAACGGAGGGCUAGUACCACCAGUGAGCUUGCAAGCGCCGCUACAGGUUCUGCCAAUAUAACUCCGGCCCGCGCAAAUCCCGGUACUGCGAAGAGAUCAGUCUCAUUCACUACGCAGGUCAGUCCUAGUAAUGUCACGUCCGAUACAGGAAAGAAUGGCGCCAUCAAGUUCACGAACCAACCGAAACCUCCGCCUCGUCAGAUCUCUGAAUUGAACAAGACCCAUUUCCGCAACCUUAAAGGACGAGGGGCGGCGAAUAAGAAGUCUGCCAGGGAGGGUACACCUGAUCCUUCGGCUCUACAGAUUGUCAACGCCCCACCCGGUACCACUAUCUCGCUCCCGCGCGCACCACGCGAUGAUCUAUACGGUCGUCGUGAGCCUAGCCAUAGGCGACCCACAGAAGACUCCAACAGCGACGUUCCCCCAAGACGACAGUCUACUGACGGUAACCUACCUUUGGAAGACUGGGAAACCCACAAAGUCCCAUUACCGGACGUUGCCGGUGAACCGCCACCUCCUCCACCUCCACCCAUGGAAUUCCCUCCUGUCGAUAUUAGAUGCACAGAGCUGCAAGAGAGAAUAAGCGCAGUCAGUAAGCUCGACUUCGAAGACAUGUUUGCGACCAACGAUGGUGAAACAACCAUCGAUCCGGUAGAAAGGAGGGCUUUCUUGUUCUUUCACCCUGAAGAUCACUUUGUGGAGUUUGAAAUCAUCACUCGAUGGCUCUUGAUGCAUCAUGUCCAAGUCAGCAGUGCGAGCUAUGCAGGCGGAUGGGCAGAUUUUCAGCAACAAAUCCUGAAAGGAGGCACGGGUAUCAUCAUCGCACAUCCCGACUUUGAGUACUUCACAAGUAUCCCCGGAUUCGGCCAAGUCCUCCGUAGAGGAGUGCGUCUCUGGUCGGUCGGGCUUCAACCAGGUAUCGAAUAUGACUAUGCUUCAGAAGAGACACCUGUGCUCCGGAAUGAUCGCAUUGAGAUAUUUCCUGUUGGUGGAUUUAUCUACAUCACGGACGAAGUCUUCGAAGCGAUGCCAAGAUAUGCGUUGUGUAUUAUCAAGCUCUUCUUGGCGAAAAUCAAGAAGCUCAAGGAACUCGCAGGUCCAUCAGCUCAGUUUCCAGAGAUCGUCGAGAACAGCUUGCUCUGGCGUCUGUGUGUCCGCCCGGAAUUGAUGGAGCAUCUGUUUGCCUACUGUGAAGACCAAGCAACAGAGCUCCAGGCUGGGGAUCCUGAUGUACAAAGUGCCGCGGAGCUCUACUCUCUCCUCAUAAACCCCAACUUCAUCGAGCAAGACAGUCCCGAUGCCCCCCUCAGCCUAAAAGCCGACAAACACCCCAUCCUCUCUGAGCGCCGUGCAAUCGCAGAAUGCGAACCCGUCGACUACUUCAACACGCUCAAACGUAGCCAGCAAGCCGCCAAUCUGAACAUGAUACGCUACUACGCUGGACUGCAAGUCGAUAUGCGCCGCGACUACCGCCACUUCUACGUUGUACAUACCGAGCCGACGGCGUCGUAUGUGAAGGACUGGAAGCAGGAGAUCCAGACUAUUGCUGAAGUCAUCACACCUGGGCAGUGUAUCAAGGAGUUUAAGAAGAGUGGGCAGGAUAGCAUGUUUAACUUCUUUGAGGACGUGAUGGCAGGGGAUGUGGGUGCGAAGGGAGCGGACAAAGACGGUAACGCGACGCGCACGGGCUAG